UUUCCACGCCGUCAUCACCAAAGUUCUUUUUAUUUUUGAGCGAAUCCCUGAACAUGUCUGGCUUAGAUAUCGACCUGGGCACUACCACGGCUUGAAGAAAACGGGCCUAGAGUGGGAGAGUUGGCAGCAUCCGGCCCGGGCCUUGACAUAGUAGAGAGAGCCCUUGGCGGCUGGGCAUAAGCGGCGGCAACACGGCAAAGAGGGUGUGUUGAACAAGAACGGUAGCGUCUGGGCAAACAUCUACGACGAGUAAGCAUACAUACGCACGUACGUCGUACUUCUUGGGAAUCUCGUCCUCAGAUGGAAGAAGGAGAGCACCCCCGGACCCCGGACCUGAUCGACUGGACUCGCCCGCUGUCGCCAUGGGGUGACGCAGACUCGGCGAGGCGUGCCGCCGAGGACGGCGUCGGACCCGACUUGGAGGCGGAUCAGCAUGUGUCUGCCAGCGUCACCGGCAGCGUGAGCACCGAAGCGUCGCCAUCCGUGUACUUUACGAUACACCGGAUCCGGCGUCUUAUACUGGCGAGCAUAGAUGACCCUUAUACGCUGGACCAACUCCGCGAGCCGCGGAUGAACUCCCUGGUAGUCCGGCCACUGGUAGACCGCCUCUACGACCCCGACGACCCUACGAUCGUCUACUGCCUCCUCGCGAACCGCAUCCAGUUCCUGCGGCAGCACACCAGCACCGCCCACCACACGGUCAACGUCUCCCGCGCCACGCUCUGCGAGCUCGUCGCCAGCCGCGUGCUGCGGCGCUACCACGAGGACCACCCGGGCCAGAUCGGCCUCCUCAUCCUGGCGCACAUCCUUGUCGAGGGCUUCGACCCCUUCCAGGGCGCCCCCGAGGAGGUCGAGAGCGAGUGCCGGCAGCUGCAGUGGCCCGUCCAGCGCCGCGACGGCCACGAGCGGAAGCUCACGACGCUCGAGCUCGCCAUCAUCUCCGAGAGCAAGCUGUUCCUGAGCUCGUCGGCCUGUCAGCGGCUCGUGGACGCCGUCUGGCAGGGCGUCGUGACGUACACGCCGCUCUCCUUUGUCGACAUCCUCCCGGACCACUAUGAGUACGCCUCGGUCUCGCUCUACGAGCCGCGCAGGGCCCCGCUGCUGGACGAGAGGCGGCUGGUGGUGCCGUGGAUCCGGCAGAUGACGGAGCUGUUCCAGUUCGUCACCCUCGUCGCCCUGUACGUUCUGACCAUGGUCAACCGGAGCAGCCCGGUGCUCAGCGGGUGGGAGUGCCUCUUUGCCGUCUACACGGCCGGCUGGACGCUGAACGAGUUCGCCGCCAUCAUCGAGCACGGCUGGGCCGUCCACUCCCAGACGCUGUGGUCGUUCCUCGACAUCACCUUCAGCCUCAUCUUCGGCUCCUACGUCCUGGCCCGCGUCUACGACGUGCUCGGGUACCAGGGCGUCGUCGCCGACGGGUACGGCGUGCACAUCCUCUGUCUCGCGGCGCCCGUCCUGCUCACCCGCCUGGCCUUCACCCUGCUGCCGGACAACAUCGUCUUCAUCGCCAUGCACGCCAUGAUGAAGGACUUCACCCGGCUGACCUUCAUCUCCAUCUGGUGCUUCAUGGGCUUCUUCCUCGCCCUGCGGUGGCUGAUCGGCAGCAACGAGGACACGGCCGCCGCCGCCGCCGCCGCCGCCGCCGCCGCCGGACACGCAAACAAGGCCGCCCUGACGUGGUACGAGACGUGCAAGUGGCUCAUCUGGACGUGGUUCGGCCUCGACGGCACCGGCAUCGACCGGUCCGGCGAGUUCCACCCGGUGCUCGGCCCGGCGCUCAUGAUCGCCUUCGCCUUCCUCGGCAACAUCCUCUUCCUCACCAUCCUCGUCGCCAUCCUCAGCAACACCUUCUCCAAGCUCAUCGCCGACGCCCCCGCCGAGAUCCAGUUCCGCCGCGCCGUGCUCACCUUCGCCGGCGUCAAGAGCGACUCCAUCUUCGCCUACCCGCCGCCCUUCAACCUCGCCGCCCUCGCGGCCCUGCUGCCCCUCAAGUCGGUGCUCACGCCGCGCGCGUUCCACGUCGUCAACACUUCUCUCAUCCGCGCCCUCAACGCGCCGGUUCUGCUCGUCAUCAGCGCCCUCGAGCGCCGCCGCGCCGCCCACCCGCGCCGGAACGCCGCCGCUGCCGCCGGACGGUCGCAGUCCCUCCUCAACUGGAGCUUCAGCGGCUUCAACCCGCACGGCGACGUCCACGCCGUCUUCAAGGUCGAGCCGCCGCCAGCCGUCGAGCGCGAGCUCGAGGAGCUGGACAACCUCAGCGACGUCGGCUUCGCCGAGAGCGAGCUCGGGUCCCGGUUGUCGUGGGACGUCGGCCGGUCGAGGUCGGGACGACGGCCCGUGAGAAGGAGGAGGCGUCCCGGGAGGAUGGUGUCGCCCAUCAGCGUGGUGUUUCCGCUGCCGAGCGUGCAGCGCGUCGGCACCAACGAGUUCGAGCCGCUGUCCGGGUCGCCCGUGAGGCGGGUUGUGGAGUAGCCGCGGGGCCUCGAUUCUCUUUCUCUCUCUCGCUCACACACACACACACACACACAAGACUCCGGUGUGGCCUAGAGGCUAGACUUAGACGGCGGAGGGACACACAGAUUUUGCGGUGAGGCGGACACGAGGAUCGGGGUGGAAUGGGGCUUACCAGCGGUGCCAGAACGCAAUCUGCUCGCAAAUUGUCGGCCCUACAAGUCGUCAGGCUGCAAACGCGGCCGCGGCAAGGCCGUCGGACUUUAAUACGUAUGUGUGAAUAUCCGUAUAUGAGUGUUGAUUAGAUGAUUAGAUACAGUAGCCCCCGGAACUCGGUUUACGUUGGAAAAGACUACAAGCCUGUAUCCGUAGUUGCACUGACUUGCCUGACUCACAAGCCCUAUCGUUGGAACCACUAAAGACCAUCUUUAGAGUGCUUGGCAAAUGAUUGCAUCUAACAGAGUUUGGGAGAGUUCCCGCCGUGCUUGUUAAUGUACUAAUUGAACCGGUGAUUGACACCCCCGAGCCGCCGAGUGUCAAGGGUAUCCUCGCUCGACCGGAGACUCAACUCUG